GGGCGGCACGCGAUUCCGCCCUACGCACCCGUCAUGUCCUCCUCCACGUCUCCAGGCGUCGUUGAGCGCGUCCAAAACUUCGUCUCCGAGAACCGUCGUGCGGUCAUCAUCGGGACAGCGGCUGCGCUUGUUGCCAUUGGGGGUGUCGCAUACUAUGCAUCGACGUCGCGCGGGCCUAAGGGCGGGGACGUCGAGAAGGGCGAGCGCAAGAAGGACAAGAAGAAGAAGAAGCGAAAGGGGACUAAGGGCGGGGAGGGACCCAUAUUAGAGGAGCGGACGGCUUCGCUUCCAGAUGAUCCCGAAUUCAAGUGGACCUUAGAUGAUAUCGCUGGCAUGUCGGCUGAGGAGCGAACAAAAUCGGCCGCAUCGCUGAAGACCAGAGGGAACUCGGCAUACGGGCAGCGCAAAUUCGACACCGCUGUUCAUUACUACACUCGCGCUAUCGAAGUCACGCCGAAGCCCGAACCUGUAUUCUAUAGCAAUCGUGCAGCAUGUUAUGUAAACAUGAGCCCGCCUCAAUAUGAAAAAGUAGUGGCCGACUGCGACGAGGCCUUGAAGCUCGACAAAGCCUAUGUCAAAGCUCUGAACCGCAGAGCAACAGCCUUCGAGGGACUCGGCAAGUUGACGGAGGCAUUGCGAGACUAUACUGCUGUGGCAAUACUCGAAAAAUUCUCCAACGACUCAGCUUCGGCGACUGUCGAGCGCGUGGUGAAGAAGUUGGCAACUCAGGAGGCACAUGACAUUAUCUCGACUCGUGAACGCCGCCUUCCUUCAUAUACGUUCAUUUCCGCGUACUUCGGCGCCUUCCGCCCGAGACCGCUACCCACGCUUCCGGAAAAUCCGUCGCAGGGUGAUAAGACUCUGAUCAUGUCGCUGGAGGCUCUCGGUGCGGGCGACUACGCACACUCGCUGAGCCUCAUAAACGAGGCUCUUGAGCAGGGCAUCUCCUGGGAUGCCGGAAAGGCGGAGGCACUUAACCUCCGUGGAACCUUCAAAUUCUUGAUGGCCGACGUGGACGGGGCGAAGGAAGACUUCCUCGCGUCCAUUAAGUUGCAGCCUUCGCUGACACAAACCUGGGUCAAGAUUGCUAGCGUGUACAUGGAGCAGGGUGAUCCGAAGAAGGCGUUUGAGGCAUUCGAUCAGGCCAUCAAGCACAACCCGAAUGACCCGGAUAUCUACUACCACCGCGGACAAGUGCUGUUCAUCAUGAACGAGUUCGACGAAGCCGCAGAGAACUACACCAAGUCGACCGAGCUGGACAACCAGUUUGUAUUCAGCCAGAUCCAGCUUGCCGUCGCACAGUACAAGGCUGGUCAGACCCCGGCUGCUAUUGUAACAUUCCGCAAGACGCUGGAAGCAUUUCCUCAGCGGAGCGAGCCGGCUAAUUACUAUGGUGAGCUGCUUCUCGACCAGCACCGAUACCCGGAUUCGGUACAGGAAUUCGAUCGUGCCAUUGAGAUCGAGCAAAGUCGUCCCAGGCCGCCGCCGAUCAACGUGUUGCCGUAUGUCAACAAGGGCCUUGCAUUGUUCCAGUGGAAGCAAGAUCAUGGCGCUGCCGAGCGUUGCUGUCAAGAGGCCCUGCGCCUUGAUCCGGAGUGCGAGGCGGCGGUGGCGACGCUCGCACAGCUGAGCUUGCAGCAGGGCAAGAUCGAUGUCGCGAUGGAGAUGUUUGAGCGACAAGUCGCUCUGGCGCGGAGCGAGCCCGAGCUGGCGAAUGCGAUAUCAUACAAAGUGGCCACGGUCGCACAAAUGCAGUUCAUGAAGAACUACCCCGAGUUGGCGCAGGAUUUGACUCAACUUGCGAACACGAUGCGGUAAUUUAUCUGAUAAUCUCGACCUCUUGAUCCACGCCGGGAUUGAUUUUGAAGUCGUGGAAAGACGUCGUGGUGGCUUUCGCUAGGGAGUACGAACACUCGUUUUCUCCAUAUGCAUCAUCCGUUUUUCUACGGAUGCGUAUUAGUACUCCCACUAUACAUAUUGCUUAUAAUACGUCAAUGAAUGAACACCAUCGCUCACCUCAUAAU